CAUCUUGGCCGCCCGCUCCAGAUCCGAAGGCUCCGACUCCGUCCAGGAUCACGCAGCUCCACCUGCAGCGAGCGGCGAGCUAGGCCCAGGCCCCAGGAGAUGGAGAACAACGUGCCGUUCGCUUCGUCCCCGUUCCCAACUCCCCCCUCUCUCUAAAACCCGCUGUUCGCGUACUCAUCUCUCUCUCUCUCUCUCUCUCCCCCCCUGCCUAAGGGUUCACCGUCGUCAGCGGCUGCGGCAGCGAAGCUUCUGCUCUCCUCGGCGCCGUCUCGUCGUCGGCCAGAGCACAGGAAGAUGGCUGGCGGUUUUAGGGUACUGCAUCUUGCCAGGCCCUUUCUGGCGUUCUUGCCAGAAGUGCAGAGCGCGGAUAGGAAAAUACCAUUUAGAGAAAAAGUGAUCUACACCGUUAUUUCCCUCUUCAUUUUCCUGGUGUGCAGCCAGCUGCCGCUCUAUGGCAUUCAUUCAACUACUGGAGCUGAUCCUUUCUACUGGAUGCGUGUUAUCCUUGCAUCAAACCGUGGUACUGUUAUGGAGCUGGGUAUUACUCCCAUUGUAACUUCUGGGAUGGUAAUGCAACUUCUUGUGGGAUCAAAGAUCAUUGAAGUUGACAACAGUGUGAGAGAGGAUCGUGCUCUGCUGAACGGUGCACAAAAGUUGCUUGGUAUCCUGAUUGCCAUCGGGGAAGCUGUGGCAUAUGUUCUGUCUGGAAUGUAUGGCAGUGUAAGCCAACUUGGAACAGGAAAUGCUAUUCUUAUCAUACUUCAGCUUUUCUUUGCUGGCAUCAUUGUCAUCUGUCUGGAUGAACUUCUCCAGAAAGGUUAUGGUUUGGGUUCUGGCAUUUCUCUGUUCAUUGCUACCAAUAUCUGUGAGAGUAUUAUCUGGAAGGCAUUUAGCCCUACAACCAUCAACAGUGGUCGUGGUGCUGAAUUCGAAGGGGCUGUCAUUGCAUUGUUCCAUCUGUUGAUUACUAGAACUGAUAAAGUCCGUGCUCUUCGUGAGGCUUUCUACCGUCAGAAUCUUCCUAAUGUGACCAAUUUGCUUGCUACUGUCUUGGUCUUUCUCAUAGUUAUCUAUUUCCAAGGCUUCCGUGUUGUGCUUCCAGUGAGAUCAAAGAAUGCCCGUGGGCAGCAAGGCUCCUAUCCAAUUAAGCUGUUCUACACCUCAAACAUGCCCAUCAUUCUACACUCUGCACUGAUUACCAACCUCUAUUUCAUAUCGCAGCUUCUCUACAGGAAGUACAGUGGAAAUUUCCUUGUUAACCUUCUUGGGAAAUGGAAGGAAUCCGAGUACUCUGGCCAUUCGGUUCCUGUUGGUGGUCUUGCUUACUAUGUUACUGCCCCAUCAAGUUUGGCUGAUGUUCUUGCAAAUCCAUUCCAUGCACUGUUUUAUGUGGUUUUCAUGCUGUCAGCUUGCGCUCUAUUCUCAAAGACAUGGAUUGAAGUUUCAGGUUCAUCUGCGAAAGAUGUUGCUAAGCAGCUCAAGGAACAACAAAUGGUGAUGCCAGGCCAUCGAGAGUCAAACUUGCAGAAGGAACUGAACCGAUAUAUCCCCACUGCUGCUGCAUUUGGUGGAGUAUGCAUUGGUGCGCUGACUGUCCUAGCUGAUUUCAUGGGUGCAAUUGGUUCAGGAACCGGUAUACUGCUUGCGGUGACCAUCAUAUACCAAUACUUUGAGACAUUCGAGAAAGAAAGGGCGACGGAGCUUGGUUUCUUUGGUUUUUGAUCAGUGUAGCUGCGGAACCGUGUCUUGGUUAUAGCUGAAUCUUCUUGUAAGUCGCAGUACCGCUUGGCCAGCUGUUAUGGUUAUAACUUGAUAUGUUUAGCCUGUUUAGGUUGCCUUCUCAAUUACAGUGACAGUCAUGUAGAAUCUGCGUCUGUUUUCCGGCCAGUCUGGUGGCAUGUGCACUUGUCUAAGUACAGCAGUCGUGCCAUCAUCGACCCGUCCUCCGCGGUCUGCUCAUGUUUUGCGAUCAAUUUAGUUACUUUUGAGUUGAACAUGUUCAAAACUCUCGAUGCUGACACUUUUGGACGUCA